AUGGCAUCUGGAGAGUGCCUCCUGCUAGACCUGGAAAUGGAUAACUUCGUUCUCUACAACAUCUCUGUCAACCAGAGUGCAAACCUCUCCAUCCUGAGUGAUGACUGGUUCUACCCAGCUUUCCUGUAUGCCAUCCCCACCAUUUAUGGGAUCAUCAUUUUGAUAGGCCUUGUUGGCAAUAUCACUUUGAUUAAGAUCUUCUGUACUGUGAAAUCCAUGAGAAAUGUCCCUAAUUUGUUCAUCUCCAGUUUGGCUUUAGGAGACCUGCUGCUUUUAGUGACUUGUGUGCCUGUGGAUGCCAGCAGGUACCUUGCUGAUGAAUGGCUGUUCGGCAGAAUUGGAUGUAAACUUAUCCCCUUCAUACAACUCACUUCCGUAGGGGUGUCAGUCUUUACUCUCACUGCUCUCUCAGCUGACAGGUAUAAAGCUAUAGUAAGACCAAUGGAGAUCCAAGCAUCCCAUGCACUGAUGAAGAUUUGUGUGAGAGCUGCUAUAAUCUGGAUUGUUUCCAUGUUGCUUGCCAUUCCUGAAGCUGUGUUUUCUGAUUUGCAUCCCUUCCAUGACAAAGGCACUAAUAAAACCUUCGUCAGCUGUGCUCCUUACCCACAUUCAGAUGGGCUACAUCCCAAAAUUCAUUCAAUGGCAUCAUUUCUGAUCUUUUAUGUCAUUCCCCUGUCUGUCAUUUCUGUAUAUUAUUAUUUCAUUGCUAAGAAUUUGAUCCGGAGCGCUUACAACAUCCCCGUGGAAGGAAAUAUGCAUGUGAGGAAACAGAUUGAAUCUCGUAAGCGCCUGGCCAGGACAGUACUGGUCUUUGUAUGCCUCUUUGCCUUCUGUUGGCUUCCCACUCACAUCAUCUAUUUGUACCGGUCCUACCACUACUCAGAGGUGGACACCUCAGUGCUGCAUUUCAUUGCCAGCCUCUGCGCUCGGAUCCUGGCCUUCACUAACUCUUGCGUCAACCCAUUUGCUCUCUACUUGCUCAGCAAGAGCUUUAGAAAACAGUUCAACAACCAGCUGUUCUGCUGCAGAGCUCGCCUCCUCAUCCGCUCUCAGAGCAUGGCCAGGAGCACCACACGAAUGACCUCCCUCAAGAGCACCAACCACUCCCUGGCUACCUUCAGCCUUAUCAAUGGCAACCACGCCUGUCAUGAAGGCUAUAUCUAA